AUGGACUCACGUUCGAAAUGGAAGGCUACAACCUUGCUGACUUGGCUCCUAACCACAGAAAUAGCCCACUGUCUCCCGCGUGUGGGAAAUAAGGUAGAAGCUACUCUACGACACACAGCUGCCGAGCCUGCCACUGCCUUGGAGACCCAAUAUCCACCUUUAAACAGUGAAAGCAGGCUUUUCACUCCAGUUUCCCACCCAGUGUAUCAAGUAGCUUUGGAAAAAGACGGCCAUUCAUCCGAGCUCCCUUUUCCACAGUUUGAUAUUGAGGAGUUUGUUAACGGCUUGGAAGAUUUGUUGGAUGACGAAGACGAGGAAGACGAGGAAGACGAAGAAGAAGGUAAUACUACUAUUGCACCAGCACCGACUGCGACAGGACUUUCUACGUCGACUGAUACAGAAAAACCACAUCCUACCCAAGUGACCACUUCAGCAAAACAGCCCGAAGACUCGGCGCCAACUGCUACAGCUGGAACAGACUCACAGCAGGCCAAACCAAGCACUACGGUGACGCAAGAGCCCGUUCACACAUCUUCUUUGGCCCCAGUUGCAACAAAUCAUCCCAAAACUAUGCACGGCCAAGAUAUCUUCCAACCAGUGGCCACUGGUCCUGUUCCUGCUAGUAUCCAGACGCGACAUGACCACCCUGUGCAGAACCAGCACGCCAAUACCACUGACCCUAUUGCGACGAAUAAGUUCUACGCUGGUCUUUUCCUGGGCUCUCAGACCAAUGCUACCUUCUCUCAACCCUACUCCCUGGCAUGGUCCAAGGGAGGCGGCACAUUGAAAAGCUGGGGUAUGGCUGUCACCCAUGUCCAGCCUCACCUGCUCGCAUAUGGACCUGAGAACAACAAGAUCCCCGGAAACCCAGUGCAAUACUACAUCAACCCAGUUGGCCUCCAGCAUCUGAUUUUCUCUGCGGCGGAGCUUGACCAGUCUUCCAUCAUGAAGAUCGAACAGCCAAAGGCGUUCUCGGCCCACGCUGUCAUCAAGCGCUCUGGAAGCUCGGCUCAGCAGAUUACCUUCCCCGUUGUACAAGGCAUGGGCUAUGCAACAGCUGUAUACAACGACCUGCAGCCCCUGAUUGAAAGCGGUAUCUUCUUCCGCAAGGUCGUCAGCGCCGGUUCGCCUAGGUCCGGCAUCUUCAAGUACCAAGUCUACCUUGAGGAUGACACGACCUGGCUUCUCUAUGCCACACCAGCAGAUGGCAAUGACCCAAGUUUUAAGCUCAACUCAAAUUCCUCUAUGAGCGGUCCCAUGGGCUUUUCGGGUACUAUCCAAGUCGCGAAGAACCCCGCGGGCAAGUCUGGCGAGAAGUUCUACGAUAACUCAGCUGGUGUCUACCCAGUAUCAGGAGAGGUCUCUGGCUCGGUCACAGGUGAUGUAGGCAACUACACUCUCUCUUGGACCAAGGCCGGAAAGGAUGUUCAGGGUACACCCCUUAUCAUGUUCGCCCUACCCCAUCACAUCCAGUCUUUCGACCACGCCACCAAGGGCCGUAUCACCGAUAUCAACCUUCGCACCACAACAAAGGGCAAUGCCACUGCCGUAAUCGGCGAAAGCUGGACCAUGGUUGAAGAAAACCUCCCCAUCGAUAUGGGAUUCGCUCCGUGGUCAACCACGCAUGGUAGCAUCCACGAGCUCUCGGCCGCAGCCCAGCAUGCCAUUAUCGAGGUUGCUCCCCAUGAGCUCCAGCAGAAUAUAUCUGGUCAGACUGCCCUGAACAGCAUGUAUUACAGCGGCAAGGCAUUGAGCAAGUUCGCAACGCUGGUGUACACGGUUAACCAGCUCGGCAACAACGUCGAGAUCGCAACAGAUGCCUUCCAGAAGCUAAAGAAGGCCUUUGAUCUAUUCGUGCAGAACAAGCAGGAAAACCCGCUUGCCUACGACGCUGUCUGGAAGGGUGUUGUCUCGACUGCCGGCUAUAACGGCGACCUGAACCAGGAUUUCGGCAACACCGCGUACAAUGACCACCACUUCCACUAUGGCUACUUCGUUCAAGCAGCCGCCAUUAUUGGCUCUCUUGAUCCGAGCUGGCUAGCCGCGAACAAGGAGUGGGUCAACAUGCUAGUUCGUGAUGCUAGUAACUCCAUUGCAGAUGAUCCCCACUUCCCUUUCUCACGCUCGUUCGAUUGGUAUAACGGACACUCCUGGGCGAAGGGAUUGUUCGAGUCUUUCGAUGGCAAGGAUCAAGAAUCGACCUCGGAAGAUACCAUGUUCGCUUAUGCGAUCAAGAUGUGGGGACAGACGAUCGGCGAUGCCAGCAUGGAAGCUCGCGGCAAUGUGAUGCUAGGUAUCCUGGGUCGAUCUCUCAAUAACUACUUCUUGAUGCAGGAUGACAAUGUCAAUCAGCCGUCGAAUUUCAUUGCGAACAGGGUAACCGGAAUUCUAUUCGAGAACAAGGUCGAUCACACGACAUACUUCGGUGCCAACCUCGAAUUCGUCCAAGGUAUCCACAUGCUACCACUUAUGCCACACAGCCCCUUCACACGCCAAAAGGAGUUCGUGCAGCAGGAAUGGCAGGCAAUCUUCGCCGAAAACGCCUCAACUCCGGCCUCCAAGGUCGACGGCGGAUGGAAGGGUGUGCUAUACGCCAACCUGGCCCUCGUUGAUCCGAAAGCAUCGUGGGAAUUCUUUGCCCAGCCGAAUUUCAACUACAGCUGGAUUGAUGGCGGCGCGACGCGUACUUGGUACCUAGCAUUUGCUGCUGGUCUUGGUGGCGCUUAA